UUUUUGCAGUCAUGGACAGAUGUCCGAGUCACAUCUCCCCAGCUUUCUCGGGAAGCUACAUACAAACUUUCGCUUAAAAAUUCAACUCUUCAAUGCACAUCCUCAAGGGAAUCAGUAAACCCUUUUGUAGAACAAGCUGUGCAAUACUCAGUAGCAGCUUCUAAGGUGAUCUUCUCUGACAAGGAGAGAAAGGAUGACUUUACAAAACUCCUUUUGCAAGGUCUGGAUAUUACUAUCCUAGGUUGCAAUGAUUUUUAUUCAUUCCGAAAUCAGAUCGAGGCACACGGGCUUCCCUUGACUGCAGAAGCACUGGCUGCAAUUCCACCCUUCUCUUCAAUUACAUUUAACGUGGAGGAGGCCAAUGGGGCUGCUGGAAGAUGCAAACCUGAGGUUGCGAAGACUGGACUAGGCUCAUCAGCAGCAAUGACCACAUCUGUGGUUGCAGCUCUUCUUCAUUACCUUGGAGUUGUUAAUCUUCCAUUUUCAAAUAUAGAUAUCUCCAGUGAAUCUGUUGAUUCAGAUCUUGAUUUGGUACAUAUCAUAGCUCAAAGUGCACAUUGCAUAGCUCAAGGGAAAGUUGGCAGUGGUUUUGAUGUCAGUGCUGCCGUCUAUGGUAGUCAGCGUUACAUUCGAUUUUCUCCUGACGUUCUUUCUUCUUGUCAGGUUACAGGAGGAUUCCAUUUGCCAGAUGACAUCAGUAAUGUUCUUAAAGUGAAAUGGGACCAUGAGAAGUUGAAAUUUUGCCUGCCUCCAUUGAUGACCCUCCUGCUAGGGGAACCAGGGACUGGGGGUUCCUCUACUCCAUCAAUGGUUGGUUCAGUGAAACAGUGGCAAAAGGCGGAUCCUCAGAAGUCUCUAGAAACAUGGAGAAGACUGGCAGAUGCUAAUUCAAAGCUUGAGGCAGAAUUCAAUAUAUUAAACAAAUUUUCUGGAGAGCAACGGGAGGCAUACAGCCAAAUCAUAAGUACUUGCAGUGGUCAUGCACCUGACAAGUGGAUGGGACAAGUUGCUGAUCAGUAUCAGGAGUUAGUUGUGAAAUCAUUGCUUGGAGCAAGAGAGGCUUUCCUUGAGAUCAGGUUUCAUAUGCAACAGAUGGGCAAUGCUGCAGGUGUUCCUAUAGAACCAGCAUCACAAACUCGACUUCUGGAUGCCACCAUGAGGAUGGAAGGAGUUCUAUUAGCUGGCGUUCCAGGAGCAGGCGGCUUUGAUGCUGUUUUUGCAAUCAUCCUGGAAGGAGCCACUGAUGCUGUAAGAAAAUCAUGGAGCUCGCAAGGGGUUCUGCCCAUGCUUGUUAGAGAAGAUCCUCGUGGAGUUUUGCUAGAAAGAAGUGAUCCUAGAGCGAAUGGACUAUCAUCAGCUAUUUCCUCCAUAAAUUUGAAUUAACAUUGAUAUUAUUCUCUUGAAUUGUUACUCAAAUGCAUGAUUGUUGAAGCUUGAUCUAUGUGUACGAGGAGGUUGUAACAAACAUCAUAGCAAUAAAACAAACAUCAAGAGAGUACUCUGUUUGACUG